GACGUCAGGUUUUGGUUCCAUAUCAGUGAGAAAGAGGAUGCACAGUACCACGGCUCAGCGGAGCUUCGGCGGAACCGACUCAGCUUGAGCAGAACAACAGCUGAUUGAAAAAUACACUGUUCUUUAAUUAUACAUCGAUCAUACUUCGAGUACAGACAGCUCGAAAAAUCGGUAGCGGCUAUGGAAUUAAAGAAGUCUAUUUCGGACACCGAGAAGACGCUGAGAAGCUACGGCGCGGUGCGGGAGACGGACUGGAGCGCAGACAAAGGUCAGAUGAACUUGUCCAUGGCAGAGAUGGCUCCUGAUGAGGUGGAGCUGGAGAUGGAGAUGGCCAGGAUUCAGCGACUCAGGGAACUGCUUGUUAGGCGGGAGUCCGAGCUGCGUUUCAUGAUGGAUGACAUACAGCUGUGCAAAGACAUCAUGGCCCUGAAACAGGAGCUUCGUAAGAUUGUGGCAGUGCCAGAAAAGGAGAAGAACAAGAAGCACCGGCAGAAGGAGGAGGAGCUGAUACAGAAAAUCCAGAAGCUGGUGGAGAAAAGGGACUUUCUGGUUGACGACGCCGAGGUGGAAAGACUGAGGGAACAGGAGGAGGACAAGGAGAUGGCAGAGUUCCUCAGGCUGAAACUCACACCCCUGGACAAACUGGCCAGAGUGGCACAGAGUCCACGGAAAGUAAAAAAGUCAACUCCAGAGCCUCCCCCAAACAAGCCCUCCAUUACCAAGACCAGCAUAGCUAUUAUAAAGGACUGCUGUGGAACCACACAGUGUGCCAUUAUGUAAAAACCCUCCCCCUUUCUCUUAAGGCUACAGUCAGUCUGUUUCAGGAAAAGAAAAAAAAAGAUUCUUCUAUCUCGGGUUAAACAGGUUGGUGCAGCCAUUUUUUCCCCCUCUUCCCAUAGCAGAUGUGGUGGCACCUUUAAAUUGACUAGCACAUUUUAGAAGUGCUAACCCCCCCCAUUUAUUGCUGUAUGUUAUGUGGAUGAAAAAAAUAUUUAAAGUGAUCACUGAAUCUUGAAUUGAAAUGUCCCAGUCAGGCCAAAGAACUCUAGAAAUUCUAGAGUUUUCACCAACUGCUUGAAUUUCAGAAACUCUGUUGUAUGCUAGGACUCACUUGACAGAGAAAUCUAGAAUUCCACUGGUGUAGUUAUGAUUCAUAAAUAAAAGUUGGAAGCCAAGGAAUAAUCUUUUAUUCUGUAGUCAGUGAACACUGAUGAGAGAAUUAACAUGAAAAGGCUUUUUCCAAGUGUUGGCUGGUCUAGAAUGAUUUUACUCAACCCAACCCACUAAUCAAUCAAUCUCAGAACAUGUCCUUCACAUAGAGAAUGGUGGUUCAAAUUGAGCUUUUCUUGAUAUAAAGCAUGUAAAACCAGUUUCUGGGAUUUAUGCAUGGACCUACACUAGAGGAGAGAAUAAAUGAUCCAACAGAGAAUUGCUGCUCACAUUAGAUUUCAGUCAAGAACUUUCACUGAGGAUCUGAAAUAAAAUCAGUGAUGAUCAGUGUUUAGGAGAUCCCUACAAGCACCCAUUAGCUCCAAGAACUCAUUUUAUUCCAGCAGAUCCCAACAGGACGGUUUUUGCAUUGGUUAUUAACAGGUACAUAUAGCAUACAUAAAUAUAUGCAUUUAUUUAAACCUUUCAAGUUAAAAUCUAGAAUUCAACUGUGUAUUUUUUAUUUGCAGGGCAGUUAUCUGGGUCUUUUCAGCAAAGCUACUCAAGACUGCUGUGACAUUAGCAGUAAUUUGCAUCAUACUUUAAACACAUUUUUUAAAAAGUUGGUGGAAAAAGGUUUAGAAAAAAAAAAAAAAAGUAGCUUUCAGUGGUAGGCACACUUAAAAUCCUAUAGCCUUUGAAAUUGUAUGUUUGUUGAAAGUGCAGUAACGCUUCACAAAUCUUGGGUGAACUCCCAUUCUGAUCAUGUCAGGUUUGAGUUUACUUGUGAAGGAAGCAUGCUGACAGUUUCUUUAUGCACUCCAUUUUCAGAUUAUCCAUUACUUCUGUGUAAUAUUUGUUACUGAAAGAUUUCAAUCCAGUUAAAACAAUCUGUAAAUGCAGGGUUCAAUUGCUAAUUAUUUGCAAGAUAACAGUUUAUGUCCUUGCCCAGAGUAUCUCACUGUUCAGUGUUUGUGAGCCUUCUUUGCUUGUUUUGAAGGGUAGUAUUGCAAACUUCAGGAACAACUAAAUCAUAAUAAAUAUUACUGAGAAAGGCAGUUGCACCCCAAGGUCCCAUAGAGAGUGAAUAAACACAGAAGUGCUGAAAAACAAUCUGUAAAUAUGUGUUUCAAUAAAAAGCAUCUUUCUG